GUGGUUCGCAUUUCGUAUAUGUCCUAUCGCGUCAACAAUCGUGCAAGAUAAUUAUUCAAAAAGCGCGAUGACGGGUUCCUUUGUUCGCCUUCAGGACAUCAUGCUUCCCGCGCGAGAAGUCAAGCCUCCCGGUUUGGAACUGAAGCUUCCCGGUUUGGACGCCGUCGACGGAGUGCAGCGCAGGCUCCAGGAGAGUCCGCCUCCGCCCGAGCUGCCAGUCUUUGGGACCUUCUUCCGAGCACUCGUGCCGAUGGCGACUCCGGCGGACGUCGGGCGCGCAUUCGUCUUGUUCUUCUGUGCCGUCCUCAACGUCGCCCUCACUCUGGACUUUAUCCUCUACCCGUCGUUGACGCCGUUCCGUUGCGACGACCCAUCGCUCCAGGCGGUGUACGGCAAGGAGGUCCUCAAUACGCCAUCCUUCAUUGCAGUCGUCAUCGCCGUAGCAACCUUCACCAUCGCCGUACUUGAAGUCCGUCGAGCCGCGCCUGUACUAGACCGGGCCUACUGGCUCGGCCGGAUCCUGAGACGUUACGUGCUUUGCCUGUUCAUACUCAACAUCGCGGUGCAUAUGGUCAAGUUCACGGUCAACUCCAAGCGACCACACUUCAUCGACUCGUGCAAACCGGCGGCGAAGACGCCGAGCGGGACGCUUUUGGUCUGCACCGGGGAAGUCAUCGAGGCUGAUAACGUUUCCUCGGUCAAUUUAUUCGUUCGAAAAGAGGCUGACGCGGACGCCAUGCUGGAGGCAGAAAAUCGGAAAGUCAUCACACCGAGCCGUACAAGACCGCCUGCCCGGCGCGAGGCAAGGUUCGUCUCUUCCGUAGUGGUGUACAGUACCGUUUUCAGUUCUUUGCCACGUACGAAUGACAGUCGGAGACCUUCUGGGGCGGCAGUCGGGACACGCUCUAGCUUCUCGGCUCAGCACAAUUUGAGCAUAAAACCUUCCGUAGUUGUCUACAGUGCAACCCUGACUUCCACAUCUGAAGAAGCACUCCGGAGUCUUUUCGUUAGGUACAGUGGACCCUUAAGGUCUUCGAUGCAAGAAGCUGAACACCUAGCUCAGGACACUGGAAGCACCCAUCCUUCAGUGGAAUAUAGGCUAUCGCACCCUGUGGAAGGCUUCGACUCGGUGCAGCACAGCAUGCGUCCGGGUCCCUCUGCCCAGAACAACGGAAGCACCAGUAGCCUUUUGGAGUACGGCGCUAAUAUACGUGCCUCUUUUCUGAACAAUUCGGGAUUGGGCUUUUUAAUAAAUACCAAUAGAAGUCGACGUCUUUUAAACCAAGACAGGUUCGGGGCGCAAGAAAUUUGGCGCAACACUUCGACCUCUAAGCUUCUGGGGCGACAUACGACGGAUCACUGGUCCCCCGGGCAAUCCAACGCCCCAGCGGCGACUGUCGACAAAAUCAUCGAUAAAAGAUUUGUAACGCCCUUAGUCACCGAAAGGGACGGUGCUGGACCCUUGUUGCGCGGUUCCAGUGACACUGUAGAAUACGCAUUUGACAAUACUCCCAGCCUAGCAAGCAGCGCGGGCAAGGAUAGAAGACGUUGGCAGGAAGAAGGGCACCUUAUCGCUCGCGAGGAGAAUCGUGGCCGCUCGACCAGGCGCAUUUUACACCAUCUGAAGUUACCUCGUACUUCCGGCCGACUCCAAUGGCGUCCAGAGACUGCUCGAGCUACCGACGACGAGCCGCGUCAGCACAUCAAGUUCGGCAUCCACAGGAUGCAGCGGUCUGACGAUGAGGAGACCACCAACAAGUCUCGCGUGAUCAAGGACUACUUCUGCGCGGGUUCGCCGGAUGCGGUGUCCAAGGCGGGACUUUCCUUUCCGUCGGGACACACCGCCGCGGCCUGCUACACGGGGACCUAUAUUGUCGCUUACGUGGUUCGAAGAGGGGACGCCGUGGCCUCGAAGUGGAUACGGGUGACGCUGGUGGCUGUCUUGCUGACGGCCAGUCACGCGGUAGCUGUCAUCAGGGUCCUGGAGGGGCUACACGGCUGGUGGGACGUCCUUGCCGGGGUCGGUCUAGGAAACUGCUGGGCUGUUGUUUGUGUCGCGUGGCCGAUGAGUUGAAUCGACACCCCCUAUGUAGCGAGGUGGUAUAGUGCCGGAUUUUCGAUCGUCACGUACCGGAGGUAAAGCCGCGCUUAGAACACGAUAUACUUUUGACGCCGCUUGGUUGGCUCCAUCGGGCAUAGUGUCCGCUGCAAU